AUGUUGACCAUGUUGCCGUCGGCGAUAUCCAGCAGGUCUGCCGUCGCAGUGCUGGUCAGCUUCGUGCUGGUCGUGCUGCUGAUCAAUUCAGUGUGGCUGUACGGCCCUCAGACAAACAUAUUCCAUCAACCACCAUCCGCGGAUCAUGCGGACCUGCCGUCGCCGCAAUCGCUCUUGGAGAAACCCUUCCCGGCCAAGAUAUGGCAGAGCUGGAAGGACGACUCGCAAGACCCGACCGAUCGCACCGUCGGCUUCCCCCAUCAGUGGAGGGUCGUCAACCCCGGGUGGCGCUACGAGCGCAUCACCGACGCCAACAUUGACGCCUACGUCCGCGACAACUUCGACGCGACCAUCGCGGACCUCUUCGCGAACAUGCAGGACCACAUCCUCAAGGCCGACUUCCUGCGCUAUCUCAUCCUGCUCCGCGAGGGCGGCGUGUGGGCCGACAUCGACGUCUACCCGCACCAGCCCGUGUCGAAGUGGAUUCCCGAGGGGUACCUCGACUCGGUCAACCUGGUCAUCGGCAUCGAGAACGACCACCACAAGAAGCCCAUCUGGAAGGGGUCCCCGUACUCGGUCCAGCUCUGCCAGUACACCGUCCUGGCGAAGCCCGGUCACCCCGUGAUCCAGAUGCUGGUCAACCAGGUGACGCGCGACCUGCAGACGCUGCUUGGUUCCAAGCCCCAGGGCGCCCCCACCACCUUUGAGGACGUCAUGACCACCACGGGUCCCUUCGCUUUCACCAAGGCCCUGAUGGACUACUUCACGCAGUCACGGGCGAGGAGCACACGGGCGACGAGCUGGAAUCGCUCGCGGCCCCGCGCAAGAUUGGGGAUGUGCUGGUGUUGCCGAUAG